AUAAUUAUGCGUUAAGAGUUUGAAGUUGUUUUCAAGAAAUUAAAGAAAUUUUUUGUUAGUAAUAUCUAAAUUGAUUUUUAUUGGAAUUGUUAAACGCUAUCAUAAAUCAUGGACGUUUAUUUCAUUUUUGCUUUGCUUGUAUUAUUUUCCCUAAAGAUUUGCGAGUUACAUUUAGAAAGAUGUUCACUUAACCUCAAGUUUGAAAAUAAUAACUUUUUAACUAAAGAUUGGCUCCUGUGGGGUCAACUUUAUUCCUAUUGUAUGCACUCUAACGUUGAAAACAAUCAGUCAAACAAAAUUUCAUCAGAUGAGAUAUGUGUUACUACAAACUGCUAUGAGUGCAUGUCAUGCUUUCUCAUAUUCUGCCUUAAUUCAACAACUGGAAAAAAUUCUGAAUCAUAUAAAUUUGGAUGUCAACUCGACAGCAGUAUUGCAGACCAUAUCAAUAAAAAUUUUUGGAUUAAUGAACAGGAUAAACCUUAUAUCAAUUCCAUUUCUAAAAUUGUUUCAACUAAACGUGAAUGUAUAAACAUUACUUUUAUGUGGCAACAUGUUUUUUCAAAAAAUAAUAUGAUUCCAAGUGUAUAUUUGGUUACAAUUACAUCAAUUGAUGAGGAUGAUUCAACUGAAUGUGUGAUAGAUUUAGUUUCUGAAAACAUUUUAAAUGUGUCUAAACAACUUUUUUGUGGUAUGAGUAACAUACCCAUUCAAGAUAUUGGUACCAAGUUCCAACUAAAUGUUUAUCCUGUUAACUACAAUGGUUACAAUGAAUCACUAAAACUUACUUAUAAAUCAUUAAAUGAUUAUAUACUCAGCAGUAAAGAAUUUACCAUUAUUCAUGGUUCAUUGGUUGGAACUCUCAAAGUUUUAAAGAAAGUAUACACUGUGUCUUUCAAUAUAAAACCUACUAAUUACUCUAGGGGUUUAAAAAGUGUUCUUCACAUAACUUUGGGUAAAAAUAACAAUGUUUAUGGUGACAGAAAUCCUGGCGUUUGGUUUCAUGAAGAUGGUACUGGUAAACUUGUCAUUUUUGCUGCAGUGAAUGGAAGUACAACGUUCUACAUUGAAACACCUCCUCUAAAGUUAGGUGAAUGGUCUUAUAUUACAAUAUGUCAAAGUUAUCUAGAAAGUAAAUAUUGGUUUUCUGUUUUUUUGAAUGGAAUCAAUAUAAUUAGAACAGAAAAUUCUGAUACUAGAGACUUUAAAAAUAUGAAAGUGUAUGCGUCAGAUUGUUGGUAUGAUGCUCAAGAUGGUUACAUCACUGAUCUACUAGUCAUUAAUGGACAUGCUGAACAACUUGUUGGUAAUAAAAAAACUCCAUUAGAAAAAGGAAAGAUUAUUGCUGAAAUACCAAAGCUUAAUGAAGAAUAUUUAAUUUCAUUUGAUUUUUAUCCUAAUGAUUUUUUUUAUAAUUGGCGUAGUGUUGUUCAUUUCACUAUUGGUUCUGAUAAUAAGAAUUAUGGUGAUAGAACCCCUGGUAUCUGGUUUGAACCCGGAUUUAGCAAUAAAAAUAUUCAUAUUUCAGCGCCAAUUGAUAAUAACUCUAAUGACAUGUUUAGCACUCCAAUAUUGAAUUUAAUUCAAAAAAAUCAGUGGUCAAAUAUUAAAGUUGCUCAAAUUUUGUUAAACAAGUUUUAUAUAUUUACAAUCAUUAUAAAUGGAACUGUUGUCUCUGAAAAAGUAAACAACAAAUAUCAAAGUUUUGAUAAUGUAAAAGUGUAUGCAUCAGAUCCUUGGUAUGAAGCUCAAGAUGGUUUUAUUAAAAACUUUUUUGUAAUCAAUGGCAUAUCAAAUAGCAGCAUGCAACCUAUUGUUGUUCUUCCUUCAGAUUAUAUACUCAACAGUAAAGAGUUUGCCAUUAUUCAUGAUUCAUUGUUUGGAACUCUCAAAGUUUUAAAGAAAGUAUACACUGUGUCUUUCAAUAUAAAACCUACUAAUUACUCUAGGGGUUUAAAAAGUGUUCUUCACAUAACUUUGGGUAAUAAUAACAUAGUUUAUGGUGACAGAAAUCCUGGUGUUUGGUUUCAUGAAGAUGGUUCUGGUAAACUUGUCAUUUUUGCUGCAGUAAAUGGAAGUACAACGUUCUACAUUGAAACACCUCCUCUAAAGUUAGGUGAAUGGUCUUAUAUUACAAUAUGUCAAAGUUAUCUAGAAAGUAAAUAUUGGUUUUCUGUUUUUUUGAAUGGAAUCAAUAUAAUUAGAACAGAAAAUUCUGAUGCUAGAGAUUUUAAGAAUAUGAAAGUGUAUGCGUCAGAUUGUUGGUAUGAUGCUCAAGAUGGUUACAUCACUGACCUACUAGUCAUUAAUGGACAUGCUGAACAACUUGUUGGUAAUAAAAAAAUUCCAUUAGAAAAAGGAAAGAUUAUUGCUGAAAUACCAAAGCUUAAUGAAGAAUAUUUAAUUUCAUUUGAUUUUUAUCCUAAUGAUUUUUUUCCUGAUUGGCGUAGUGUUGUUCAUUUCACUAUUGGCUCUGAUUAUGAGAAUUAUGGUGAUAGAACUCCUGGUAUCUGGUUUGAAUCAAAGUAUUACAAUAAAAUUAUUAUUUCAGCGCCAGUUAAUGGUAACCCUAAUAAAGUUUUCACCAUUCAAAUCCCGGAUCAAUUUUCAAAUCAGUGGUCAAAUAUUAAAGUUGCUCAAGUUUUGUUAAACAGUUUUUAUUUAUUUACAAUCAUUAUGAAUGGUGUUGUUGUCUUUAAAACAGAAAACUAUCAAUAUCAAAGUUUUGAAAAUAUAAAGGUAUAUGCAUCAGAUCCUUGGUAUGAAGCUCAAGGUGGUUUUAUAAAAAACUUUUUUGUUAUCAACGGCAUAUCAAAUAGUAGCAUGCAACCUAUUAUUCUUCUACCUUCAGAUAGUAGCAUGCAACCUAUUAUUCUUCUACCUUCAGAUUAUAUUCUUAAAAGUAAAGAAUUUACCAUUAUUCAUGAUUCAUUGGUUGGAACCCUCAAGGUUUUAAAGAAAGUAUACACUGUAUCUUUCAAUAUAAAACCAACUAAUUACACUAGGGGUUUAAAAAGUGUUCUUCACAUAACUUUGGAUAAUAAUAACAAUGUUUAUGGUGACAGAAAUCCUGGCAUUUGGUUUCAUGAAGAUGGUUCUGGUAAACUUGUCAUUUUUGCUGCAGUGAAUGGAAAUACAACGUUCUUCAUUGAAACACCUCCUCUAAGGUUAGGUGAAUGGUCUUAUAUUACAAUAUGUCAAAGUUAUCUAGAAAGUAAAUAUUGGUUUUCUGUUUUUUUAAAUGGAAUCAAUAUAAUUAGAACAGAAAAUUCUGAUGCUAGAGAUUUUAAAAAUAUGAAAGUGUAUGUAUCAGAUAGUUGGUAUGAUGCUCAAGAUGGUUACAUCACUGAUCUACUAGUCAUUAAUGGACAUGCUGAACAACUUGUUGGUAACAAAAAAAUUCCAUUAGAAAAAGGAAAGAUUAUUGCUGAAAUACCAAAGCUUAAUGAAGAAUAUUUAAUUUCAUUUGAUUUUUAUCCUAAUGAUUUUUUUCCUGAUUGGCGUAGUGUUGUUCAUUUCACUAUUGGCUCUGAUUAUGAGAAUUAUGGGGAUAGAACUCCUGGUAUCUGGUUUGAACCCGGAUCUAACAAUAAAAAAAUUCAUAUUUCAGCGCCAGUUAAUGGUAACCCUAAUGAUAUAUUUAGUACUCCAAUAUUGAAUUUGAUUCAAAAAAAUCAGUGGUCAAAUAUUAAAGUUGCUCAAAUUUUGUUAAACAAGUUUUAUACAUUUACAAUCAUUAUAAAUGGAACUGUUGUCUAUGAAAAAGUAAACAACAAAUAUCAAAGUUUUGAUAAUGUAAAGGUAUAUGCAUCAGAUCCUUGGUAUGAAGCUCAAGGUGGUUUUAUAAAAAACUUUUUUGUAAUCAAUGGCAUAUCAAAUAGCAAUAUGCAACCUAUUGUUGUUCUUCCAUCAGAUUAUAUAAACCUAAAUGCAGAAUUUACUCUAAUGAAAGGUUUAUAUUUUGGAUUUCUCAAUGUUAUAAAGAAGGAGUAUACUGUAUCUUUUAGCGUAAAGCCCACAGCUUUUACCAAAAGACAAAAAAAUGUUCUUCAUUUUACUUUAACAAAAUCUUUAAGAGAUUAUGGUUAUAGAAGUCCUAGUGUUUGGUUUCACCAAGACGGAUCUGGAAAGCUUGUUAUUUUUCCUGUUGUUAGUAAUAAUACUAAUUACAGCAUUGAGACAGUUCCUUUGAAGUUGGGUGAAUGGUCCUCUGUUAAAAUUUCUCAAAGUCUAAAAAAUAGCGAAUAUUGGCUAUCUGUUGAUUUAAAUGGAGUCAAUAUUCACAGAAUGAAAAAUGAUAAAGCUGUGGAAUUAAGACAUAUAAAAGUGUACGCAUCUGAUCCUUGGUAUGAUGCUUUAAAUGGUUCUAUUUCAAACAUCCUGAUUGUUAAUCAAAAAGUUGAUUACAUCAUUGGCAAUAUUCCUACUAAGUUGUUAAAAGGGAAGGUUAUUGCUGAAAUUCCAAGACUUUCUUCAGAAUAUAUAAUUUCUUUUGAUCUUAAAUCCGAAAAGUGCUUCUUUGAUAGUUGUAGUGUUAUUAAUUUUACAUUUGAUAUUGGUAAUAAUAACUAUGACGAAAAAACUCCCGGUGUUUUGUUAAACUACGAUGGAGAACUUAGUUUUACACUUCCAAAAUAUGGUUGCGGUCCUCAUGUUUUUAAAACAGGACCAAUCAAUUUAGACCUAUGGCAGAAUAUUGAGAUAAGCCAAAUUAAAAAAGUGAAAACAAAUUCCAAAAAUACAUACACUAUAAAAAUAAAUGGAGAAAUUGUAUAUUCUGAUGUUAAUUAUGAACCAAAAUACUUUGAAAGUGUCAAAAUAUAUGCUUCAGAUCCGUUGUUUCAAAUUCAUGAUGGGAUAAUAAAAAACUUUUUUGUGGUUAAUGGCAUUUUAAAUAAUGAAGUGGAAUCUAUUGUUAUUCUUCCUUCAGAUUACAUUAUUCAAAAUAAAGAAGUUGGAUUAAUUCAAGGUACACUUCUUGCUACUAUGAAUGUUUUAAUGAAGAAUUAUACUGUGUCUUUUAAUAUAAAACCAACAAUUUACACUAAUGGCUUAAAAAGUGUGCUUAGUUUAAUUUCAGAUGAAAAUUUAGAUAGGAGAUUUUUAAGUAUUUUCUUUCACAAUGGUAGUUCUGGAAAGCUUGUUAUUUUUGCAACAAUUAAUAAUUCAACUUACCAGAUUGAAACAGCUCCUCUAAUUUUGAAUCAAUGGUAUUCUAUUAAAAUAUGUCAAACCCUUGAGGGCAUUAUUUAUUGGUUUUCUGUUGAAUUAAAUGGAUUCAAUAUUUAUAAAGAAAAAAAUUUUAAUGCAGAAGAAUUGAAAAAUAUAAAAGUUUAUGCAUCUGAUCCUUUAUAUGAGUCUCAAAGUGGUUUUAUUUCAGACAUUUUAAUUUUAAACAAAUAUGCUGAGUACAUCAUUGGUAAUGCACCUACUCCAUUAGUGAGAAGAAAGAUUAUUGCUGUAAUACCAAUACUUUAUUUGGAGUAUAUUAUUUCUUUUGACAUUAAUCUUUCUAAGUUUGGUUCACGUUUGUACAAUCUUAUUUGCUUCAAAAGUAAUGAUGGUUUUAAUAUCUUAUUUUAUAUUGAUGAUAAUGAAAGUCUUCAAAUCAUCGCUCCAGCAAUCGAACAAUCUUUUAAAACAGAUUUCAAUGGAUUAAGUCUGUGGUCAAAUAUUGUAAUAUGUCAGAUUUACAAAAAUUAUAAAUAUUUAUUUACAAUUAGAAUAAAUGGAUUAGAUGUUUUUAAUAAAGAUAUCUAUGAACCUAAACGUUUCAAUAAUAUUGAAGUAUAUGCUUCUUAUUCAUGGCAUAAUAUUCAAAAAGGCCUAAUAAAAAGCUUCUUUGUUGUUAAUGACAUUUCAAGUAAUAUGGAGUUUGCAUCAGAAAUCAAUACUAAGAUAACAAUUUAUAAUGAAGAUUAUAUCAACUUUAGUGACGAGUUAAGUAUAAUUAAAGGUUUGUUAGUUGGAACUCUAAAUAUCCUGAAUAAGGUGUUUACACUGUUUUUUAAUGUAAAGCCAAAUGAGUUCAGUGUUGGUUUGAAAAGUGUUCUUUAUUUAAUUUUGGAUGAUAGUUAUGGGGAUUAUAGUAACAAAAGUCUAAGCAUUUGGUUUCACCAAGAUGGCUCAGGAAAGCUUGUUAUUUUUGCUGGACUGAGUGAUAAUGCUAGCUACUACAUUGAAACAACUCCUCUCUUGUUAGGUCAAUGGUCAUCUGUUAAAAUAUGUCAAAGUUUCUUUGAUAGCAACUACUGGUUGUCUGUUGAUCUGAAUGGAGUCAAUAUUUAUACUGUUAAUAGUUCUGAUGUUAGAGAUUUCAAACACGUAAAAGUUUAUGCAUCAAAUCUUUGGAAUGAUACUCAAAAUGGUUCCAUUGUUGAUCUUUUGAUAAUGAAUGGCAAAGUUGAGUACCUUGUUGGUAGUGUAUUAACCCCAUUGGUGAAAGGAAAAGUCAUUGCUAAGAUACCUAAGCUUGACAAAGAAUAUUUUAUUUCAUUUGAUUUUCUUCCUAAUAUGUUUGUUUUUGGUUUGCAUAGUAUUAUUUGUUUUACUUUGAGUUCUAAAAGUUGUGCUUUUGGUAUUUUUAUAAAUCAACUUCAUGAUGGAAACAUCCUAAUUCUUGAUUCAAUUUACAAUAAUUCUAACCGAGUUGACAUCACAAAUCAAAUUGAUUCAAAUGAGUUUUCAAACAUUGUUGUAGAACAAACUUUCAUCAGAGACACAACUUAUGAAUACACAAUCAGAAUAAAUAGAGAAGUUGUAUUUUUCAAAAUGAAUGACCAACCUGAAAGUUAUAAUGAUGUUUUUGUUUAUUCUUCAGAUCCAUACUUUGAAGUUCAAAAUGGUUUAAUAAAAAACUUAUUUAUUAUCAAUGGUAAUAUAAAUAGUAGCAUGCAACCUGUUAUUCUUCUUUACCCAGAUUAUAUUUACAGAAGAGAAGAGUUUUCAAUCACUCAGGGUUUAUUUCUUGGAACACUCAAAGUGUUAAUGAAAGUAUUUACUUUGUCUUUUAAUAUUAAGCCAAGAAAAUAUAGUAAUGGUUUAAAAAGUAUUUUUUAUAUACUUUUGGAUGUUUAUUAUGGGAGUUAUGGUAACCAAAAUCUAAGUAUUUGGUUUUCCCAAGAUGACUCUGGUGUGCUAUCUAUUUAUUCUACAUUAAGUGUUUACAACAACUACUCUAUUUUAACAAAACCCCUUCAAUUGGAUGAAUGGUCUACUAUUAAAGUAUAUCAAACUUUGUCAAAUAGAAAAUAUAAGUUUUAUGUUGAUUUAAAUGAAACCAACAUAUAUAGUGUAGAGAAUUCUAAUGCAAGAAAUUACCAAAACAUAAAAGUAUAUGCUUCUGAUCCUUGGCAUGAAGCUCAAAAUGGUUUAAUUACUGACCUUCUGAUCAUUAAUGGAAAUGUUGAGUACAUUGUUAAAGAAAUUGGUAUUCUAUUAAAAAAAGAAAUGAUUGUUGCUAAGAUACCAAUUCUAGAAAAAGAAUACUUGAUUUCAUUUGACAUUUAUCCACGUUAUUUUGCUUUUGCUUUGCAUAGUGUUAUUUAUUUAACUACUGGUCUUGAUAAUAUGAAUAAUGGUGAGGAAGUUCUUGGUAUUUGGUUUAAUGAUAAUGUUUUAGAAACUUCAAAAAAUUUGAUGACGACAAAACUUCAAAUUAUUGCUGCUAUUAACGGUAAUAAUACUAAAACUGAAACUAGUCUGGUCAGUUUAAAUAAAUGGUCAAACAUAGAAGUUAGUCAAGUUUUAAUUAGUAAAGAUUAUAUUUACACAAUUAAAAUAAAUGGACAAAUUAUCUUUUCUGUUCCAAAUGACCAAGCCAAAAGUUUUGAUAAUGUCAAAAUUUAUGCUUCUGAUCCAUGGUCUAAACCUCAAGAUGCUUUAAUAAAAAACUUUUUUGUUGUUAAUGGCAUUGCAAGUAGUAGCUUGCAACCUAUUGUACUUAUUUCUCCAGCUUUGCCAGUUUCAAAUACCUCUAGAGAAAAAAAUAUUUUCACUACAGUGGCUGCAAUAUUAGUUCCUCUUUUUGUUUUAUUUAUUUUAAUUGUUGCUGUUGUGUUAAGAAUUCGUCAACAAAAUAUCAAGUCUCAACAAUCAAGCUCAAAAUUCAGUUUAUACAAAAUGGAAGACUUCACGGAUCAUCAUUUACAUGCAGAUGUUUGGGAAAUUUUACCUGAAAACAUUAUUUUGGAUAGGAAAAUUGGUGAAGGAGCAUUUGGUACUGUAUUUAAUGGAAAAAUCAAUGAAAAAGUUUUUGCUCAAACAAACUUUGCGAACCAAAAAUUAAAAAAUACUUUGUUUAAUAUCAAGGAAAAUGUUGCAGUAAAGUUUUUAAAAGAUAAUGCAAACCAAUCAGAAUUUGAUGAUUUCCUUGAAGAAAUAAAACUUAUGAAAGAUAUUGGAUAUCAUAAAAAUAUUGUAAACAUGAUUGGUUGUUCAACAAUAACAAAACCAUUAUGUUUAGUUGUUGAGUUUAUGGAGAAUGGAGAUUUGUUACAUUAUUUACGAAAUAGCCGCAAUAAGCUUACAUCUUCAAAAGAGGAUGGAGAAUCAUGUAUAAGUUUUAUGUAUACAGAUAACUAUGUUCAAACACUUGAGACAAAGAAAGGCGAGGAAUUAACCUCUGGUUUUAUCCCUUAUGAUAUUCCUCUAAAUAAUAUUGGAAGCAUAACUCCAGAUGACCUGUUAAGUUUUGCAUGGCAAGUAGCUUCUGGAAUGGAGUAUCUUUCAUUUGUUAAACUCGUGCACCGAGACCUUGCUGCAAGAAAUAUCUUGGUUGGUGCGACAAAAAAUGUUAAAAUAUCUGAUUUUGGAUUAUCACGAAAAACAAAUAAUGAAUUAAAUUACACGAGCAAUAAAAGUCGUCGUUUACCAGUGAAGUGGAUGUCUGUUGAAGCCAUAUUUGACCAAAUAUUCACAACAUACAGCGAUGUUUGGGCUUAUGGCGUCGUUCUGUUUGAAAUUGUGACACUGGGAGGAACACCUUACCCUAGCAUGAGUAACCACGAACUUAUCGAUCGUUUGAAGUCUGGUUACAGAAUGGAACGGCCAGAAAAUUGUUCUCAACCUCUAUACGAUAUCAUGUUGCACUGUUGGAAUGAAGAUCCGUUAAAACGACCUACUUUUACAGAAUUACGUGAACAAUUUGAUAAAAUAAUGUGUCAAGGCGAUAGUUAUUGCAAUUUUGAUAUUUAUGAAAAAAAAGAUUAUUACAGUUCAGCAUCGUUCCAAAGUGAAAAAUGUGAAAUGUUUGUUAAUUCAUUGAAUAAUGAAGCCCUCCAAAAACUGGCUCAAUUAAAACCACUUGAAGAACAAAGUGAUGAGCGUUAUUCUUGUCAAAUUUUAAAAAAUGAAUUUAAUGAAGCGGAGAUUUAAUA